GAAUACUGAUGGGAGGAGUUUUUCUUCCAAACCGAUAACAGAUUCGCAAGAGACAACCGAAAAAGAUGCCAGAACACACAACUAUAUCGUAGGUCUUCUAAACAGAGACGUUGACAAUGAUUCUGACGAACCAGAAACAUCAGAAGAGGAUUUUCCAAUAUCUUUGGACCUUAGAGAUUUUGAGGACCCGUUUCCUUUUGAAAAUCUUGUGUUUGAGGGAGGCGGAGCUAAAGGUGUGGCUUAUCCGGGGGCUAUCCAGGCCUUGGAAGAACUAGGGCUGAUAAAGCAAAUUAAACGCUUUGCUGGAACAAGUGUUGGUUCAAUGACUGCUUGCAUGGUAGCCCUUGGUUACAAUUCCACGAAAAUAAAAGAAGUUUUGGAGAAAGAUUUCAGAACGUUCUAUGAUGCAAGAUUAGGACGAUUAAGUCUUAUACCAAAUAUGUUGUUCCAUCUGGGAUGGCAGCCAAUGAACACAUUAUUUGAAUUUUUUGGAGAUCUUGUUGCGGAAAAGCUUGCGCGAAUAAAGAUGCUACCUUUAAAGAUGUCAGUUCUCAACAUAUUAAUGAAAUCACCUGAUUUGUACACAAAAACUGGGAAGGAGCUUUGUAUCGUGGUGAUGAAUGUAAACAAUAUGGAGGAAGAGUACUUCCACCUUAAAACAACUCCCAAUGUUCCUCUCAGAAUGGCUAUGCGCAUGUCAGCCAGCUUGCCAGUAUUUUUUAAAAAUCAAGAUUUUAAUUACGACUUUCAGUAUAGUGAUAAUGAACAGCAGAGCUUCAGAGACGUGUACGAGAGUAGAGAAAAGAGACGAAUAGUGUACCCCGAGAGAGACAAAAAUGGGCAGACAAGCUACACAAAGAAUGAAAAAAGAAAUGAAGCUGAGAAAAGAACAUGUGCUUGUAAAAGACGCCAUUAA